AUGGCAAUGAAUAAUUAUCAAUGGCCAAAUGAAAGGGGGCAGCCAAAGAAGGUGGCUGGAAUGAUGGAAUUGGAUGCCAUAACCAUGCUUACAACUCAAGUAGCAGCCUUGACGAAGCAAUUACAAAAGACUACACUCCCAUCUCAAGCUAUGCAAGUUCAAAACUUAUGUGAAGUGUGUGGGCCAAAGAAGAAUCAGUCCGAAGAAGAAGAGAAAAAGUUGGAUGAUAAAAAGGUUACUGAAGACCUUAAGGAAGAGGAGGAGACCCCACCUGUAACUAUUGAGCAUCAUGUGAGAGUUCCAUAUCCACAAAGACUUCGCAAGCAUAAUUUGGAUAAGCACUUUGCAAAGUUUUUAGAGGUGUUCAAGAAGCUACAUAUCAAUAUACCCUUUGCGAAGGCAUUAGAACAAAUGCCUAGUUAUGUAAAGUUUAUGAAGGAGAUUCUCUCGAAUAAGAGAAAGAUGGGUGAUUACGAAACAGUGGCAUUAACAGAAGAAUGUGGUCGAAGAAAAUUGAAGGUUUUACCGGACCAUCUCCGCUAUGCGUAUCUUGGGGAAAAAGAGACUCUUCCAGUUAUAGUCUCAUCAUUUCUUUCGGAGGUUGAGGAGGAGAAAUUGUUGAGAGUAUCACGAGCUCAUAAAACUGCUAUAGGGUGGACUCUGGCUGAUAUAAGAGGAAUUAUCCCAUCGACAGUCAUGCAUAGAAUUCUUAUGGAAGAUGUGGCGAAACCGAAUAUUGACGCUCAGAGAAGGCUUAAUCCAACAAUGAAAGAAGUGGUGAGGAAAGAUAUUUUGAAGUGGUUGGAUGGUGGGGUGAUUUACCCAAUUUCUGAUAGUGCUUGGAUUGUAAUUGCACCGGAGGAUCAAGAAAAGACAACUUUUACAUGUCCUUAUGGGACUUUUGCUUUUUGGAGGAUGCCAUUCGGGUUAUGUAAUGCACCAGUCAUGUUUCAACGGUGUAUGAUGGCAAUAUUCUUUGACAUGGUUGAAAAGGGGAUUGAAAUUUUUAUGGAUGAUUUUUCGGUAUAUGGGUCCUCUUUUGACACGUGUUUGACUAAUUUGGAGAUGGUGUUGAGAAGGUGUGAGGAGUCGCAUUUGGUGCUUAAUUGGGAAAAGUGCCACUUUAUGGUUAAUGAAGGAAUUGUAUUGGGGCACAAAAUUUCUAAGAAAGGAAUUGAAGUGGAUCGGGCCAAGAUUUCUACUAUAGAGAAUUUUCCACCGCCAAUUUCAGUUAAGGGAGUGAGGAGUUUCUUGGGCCAUGCAGGGUUUUAUCGGAGAUUUAUCAAAGACUUUUCUAAGAUCUCAAAGCCGCUCCCUACUUUGUUGAUGAAUGGGGUUCCUUUUGAUUUUAAUGAUGAUUGUUUGAUUGCUUUCAAGACUCUCAAGGAGAAGCUUAUUUCAGCGCCGAUAGUAUGUACACCUAAUUGGGACCUUCCAUUUGAGCUUAUGUGCGAUGCUAGUGAUUAUACGGUUGGAGCGGUUCUUGGGCAGCGAGUGGACAAGAAAGAUUCCAAGCCUCGUCUUAUUCGGUGGAUUUUGCUAUUACAAGAAUUUGAUGUGGAAAUUAAGGAUAAGAAAGGUACUGAGAGCUUGGUGGCUGAUCAUUUGUCUCCUUUAGAGGUUGGGGUAAAUUCUUUUAAUGAAGAAGUUCAGAUUAAUGAUGCUUUUCCGGAUUAG